CAUCACAUCAUAUGACAUAUUUGUGUUUUAAAUAUGCAUUAUUUCUUAUGCAUACUUAAAAAGUAGAGGGAAAAGGCAGAAAUAUUUCUGAUUAUGAGGUGUGUCUCAUCUUUUGUUGUGAGUAUUUAUCUGAGAUUAAUAUGGGGACAUAAAAUAAUACAUAACAACAUAGGGAGAAAAAAGGGAUUACCUUAUUUGACAGGCGGAUUUGAGAUGACUGUAAAGGAGAAUGGAUCCUGGAGGUGGCAGUAAUGCAACAAUUUGAACGCAAGCUGCUGAAAAACACGAAAGAAGAAGAAACUUUGUGAGGCGGAACCUUUGCGCGGAACCUUUGCGCGUUUCGGUGGAUUAUCGGAUUGUCGGAUCUGUAUUGGAGACGGACCGGAAGCAGCGUGAGGUUACCGAAGGCUCUUCAGAAGUGUUGCACCUGAUCAGCUUCCUCAGCCUGCAGCCCAGUGUUUCCUCCAGAGCCGUUUGUGCAGCACCGAGAAGAUGUUUAGAAGUGCCUCAGCUCAGAUCUUCAGACAGGCGGUGAGAUACAGGAGCACGGACACCAACCUCAUCCUGGAGAGAUCGAUAAACCGCGUACAGCUGUUAGGACGAGUGGGUCAGGACCCGGUGAUGAGACAGGUGGAAGGUCGAAACCCCGUCACUAUCUUCUCAAUAGCGACCAACGAGAUGUGGCGCUCUGGAGAGGGAGAGAUGAGCUCAACAGCAGGGGACAUCAGUCAGAAGACCACAUGGCAUCGUGUGUCCGUGUUCAAACCUGGCUUGAGGGACGUGGCGUACCAGUACGUCAAGAAAGGGUCGAGGAUUCUAGUCGAGGGGAAACUGGACUAUGGAGAGUAUGUGGACAAGAACCAGGUCAGACGACAGGCCACCACCAUCAUCGCAGACAACAUCGUCUUCCUGAGCGACAACGUUCGAGACAAAAUGUGAGGGGGUUUGCCUCUUGUCAACUUCUUUUUGUAUCUUCUUGUUUAUACAAAAAAAACAACAACACUGAGGACCUGAACGCCACCAAAGAAAAUAACUGACUCCCCCUAGAAGAAGGAGACAGAGUAUCCUGUGUCACCCUGAGGAGACUCCUGCACACUCUGAGGCAUCAGGAGAAGAAAAAAUAGCCCAGUGUAUCUCCACUUAUGUAUUUGAUCAUGUAUAUAACCCAUAAAACAUAAAGUUUAUACCCUUUUUUUUGUUUGUACUCAAGUUUUAUUUGUGAAAAAUAAUGUUAGAAGCGAGAGGUGAAAUACAGUGUAAGAUGUUUCACUGAAGUUGUAGCUCCGUUGAGAGCGACUCUUUUCCGGGAUGAGGAUCAUUAACAAAAGUUUUUACAGGUUUUCUUCAUAUUUGUCAGUAAAUAAUCUUCUCUUUAGCUCAUUACAUCAGGAAAUGUUUCUUUGCAAUAGGCCUGCAGUUUACAGCUCAUACUGCAAACCGGUUGUCAGAUUUGACCUGACAACAGUUUCUGUAUUCCUGCUGUAUGCUUUAAGUUUGUAGCUUACUUCAGUCCGAAUGUUAUGACUUUUUCUGUGUUUUGUUUAGCUUAAUUUUCUAGCUGUGAGGCAGAAUGAAGUAAAAAGCACUUAAUUGUUUUACAUCUUUUUCAUCCAAUAAAAUCCUUCAUCUCCAA